CUAAAAAUGUUAAAUUAAUCAGGGUUCAAUUUUAAGUAGUAACUUAAACAUUUUUGGAAUACUGGAUUAAAACUGCUUGUAUUGUAAAUUAAUUUUAAUUAGGUUGAGAAAAAAAUGGGUUUUUUUUACAUUUUACCAAAUUAACCUUGCCCACCAUAGCUCAAGAUGAAAGGUUUAACUAACUUUCGACUUGAUAUCAAAAGCAUAAACGCAAACCUUACAUUUUUACGCUGUUACAAGACUUGAACAGUGAGAUUCAAAAAAGAUAGACAUGAAAAGUCAGAGACAGAGGUAAAGCUGCUCUCCCAAAAGUCUGAGGCAGUCCAAAUUAUAGGUUCAACUGUGGCCUAAACAGUACACGAGUUGUAGAGACAAGGGUGUACUUGAAUGGUCUAUAUGUGUGGUAUGUGUACUCGUGUUUAUAUAGCAGAUUAUAGAGUAGAACUAAAGCAAAGACUAAAGUAGAUGUAAUGUAAAUCCAGUAUCAGACACCAUCUGCCAAUAAAAAGUUUGUAUCUAAUGUUUUUAUUUGUACCUUUUCCUUCUGUUACUAGGUCAUAAGUUAACAGGAUUGUUAGCAUGGGAGUAAUUGGUGUGUUUGGAUGAGCCCGUGAGUCCAGUGUGACUGCAGGGAAGUGACAGUGGAACCUCUUGUCUCGCUUGGGUCAUUUUGAUGUCUGGUUCUAAUGACAUCUCUAAAAAAAAAAAAAACAACCUAAUUACCUUUCCUCACUACUGUCUCUGUGAAACCAGCGAGUUAAACACAAAUCUUGAUUUUCACACACACUGUGAGCUUUUUUUUCCCCUCUCACAAACAAGGGCUUCUUGUGUUGAGAAAGAAAUGCUGAAUCCUGUCAUAAGUGAUGGUUUUAACUCAAUCAGAUCUUCUGUACUAGGAGGUCACUCUGCAUGUGUUCUUGUUCAAAGAGUUGGGAAGCCUUUCAGGGGAAUAUCAUUGUGACCUGAGCCUCCAGUCCAGUGCUGAUGUCUUCCUUUCUUUUUUUCCCUGCAAAGCAGCAGAAUAAGCUGAAACCCUAGUCCAUUUGUACUACAGGGACAAAAGGGGACCAUUGUGGCAGGAGGGGCAGAGGAGAGCUGCCGGUGGAGGUAGGGGUUGUAAGGGUCAGGAGGGGGUUUCAGAGAGGAUCUGGUCAGAGUUUGCAGGUUUUUGGGGCUCAGAGCAGCACUGCAUGGGUGGGGGUGCAGGUUUAGCAGUGACUGUGUUUUGUGACAGCCCGGAGUUGCAGCAGCGUGCAUUUAUCCAGAGCAGCGGGAGCAGCAGCAGCAGGGCGGGGGAAGUUAUGCAGGAAGAAGGGAGGGCGAGAGCCGGGGAAUCCAGCGCUCUGCCUCUCUCACGCUCUGGAGUUUAGUCUGCCCCAGCUGCCGACACUACAGCACCCAGAGGGGUUCACCAGGGGUGAGACAUGGUGCUGGACCUGUUGUCACAGCGAUGACUCGCAUCUCUCAAAAUACGGAUUGUCAGAUCUUCAAUAGAGUGGAUGACUCAUUAUUUGUUGAAGCUUUGGAUUUCCUCUGUCACGGGUCAAAAUGCACCCCAGGGCAAAGUCUCGCAGUUUUGACAACUACCUGAGUAUCAAGGACGCUGAGACGUUGGACAAGUGUAUCCAGGGCACCUUGUCCUCCCUUUACCGCCCCUUCAGUGUCACUGCGUCCACCGUCCUCUGGCAGCUCUUCAGCGUGGUGGAGAGGCAGUACCGUGGGGACGGCCUCCGCUGCUUCAUCGACUUCUUGCUCCCUGCUAAGAGGAUCUUGCAGAUCAUCCACAGAGAGACCUGUCUGAAGUUCAGAGGCCUGCUGCUCUAUGAUGAGGGGUGGCCACUCUGCCUUCACGAGAAAGUCAUCCUGCAGCUCGCCCCUCUGCACAAAGUCCGACUAAAGCAAGGAGAUUUCUAUUUGCAGAUAGUUCCUCUAGGCCGCAAGGCUGCAAAGCUUGUGAUAAAAUGUCUGUCGGCCAGUGGGCAGGCCGUUGCAGAGAUCCCCAUUUUGGAGGGCAUGUACGGAAGUGUUUUCACGGCUGAGUUUCUGCAGAAUGUAACACGCGACCGCAACCUGCACCCACUACAGAACUGUCUGCUCACUACUGGUACGGCUGUGUACAGGACAGCUUGGACAAACGUGGUGAAUCCGCUGUUUGUCAGCAGCACGGCAGACGCCAUCAUGCAAGCCCGCUGCAGCAGAGACGGCUUUCAUGGCCAUCUCAGCACCUGCAGCACCAGCGGAUCCACUGGGACUCUGGACAGCCAUCGCAGCUCCAGAGAGUCCCUGAUCUCUCAGGGAGCUGACUCCAUCUUCUCUGAACCCAGUUCACCAAACAGAGACCACAAGGACUCCAGCGCUGAGAUCCAGGACGUCAGCAGAGAUGAUCCUGCCACAACCAUUAACAAAAUCGCAAGUUCUGUUGAGGAUUGUGCUGAAGGACUGGGGGAUGAGGAUGACAAGGAAAAAGAGCAAGGAUCCAAGAUGCAUUCUUUCAGCACAGACCUUAGUAACCCAGGCCCUCGACGCCGCAUGCCGAGGGACUCUGUGACCUUCGAGAGCAGGCGACUUUUCAGGAAAUCCUACAUGGAAGCUUUGCAAAACCCCAUGACCCUUGGUUCCAGCUCUGAGUCCAUCCUGGAAGAAAGUUCAGAGCCCAACACAGGCCUAAGAGAGAGAACAGUUACACUAGGAAGCAGCCCUGACACCCGCACUUCUCCCAGAGAACACCUUUCCAGGAAGUUUGGCAGCCGGAGCUGGCUCGGCGGAGAUGAUUCCAGGCCAAGCACACCUCUCUUUUACCUGCAGAGGGGCCUGAGGAGUGCUGAGAGGCGGGCGGAGAGGCGCUCCAAGUCGCUGGAGAGGACUAACAAAGCGGGCCAGAGCAAAGGUCAUAGAGAACGAUCCUCCUCCGGAGGCUCAACCAGCAUCUCCCCCAAAAAGCUGAUGAAUGGCUACGCCCUUCGAUUCGGCAAGCUGGAUGUGGAAGCCGUGUUUCCAGGAAACGACAGGAGAAGCAGCAAAGAAUACUCAGCUGCAGGACAGCGGGAUGACACCAGUGAACACAACCAGAGCAAAACCACAAUGGAGGAAUUGGACGAUCCCAAAGCUGCCAAUGGGUUAAACACUGAGCAGAGCUCUUCCUGUGACUAUAACUCAGCUUUUCCCAAACUGGUGUCAGAGAUCAACCAAGAGCUGCUUACAUCUGGAGCUGUGACCCUGCCUGGAAACAGGGAUCGCAGCGGCAGAGCUGUGCUGCAGGUGUGCACAAGGUCUCAGGUCUGGACAGGAGAGGCGUGCACAGUCAAGGAACUAACCUGUUUAAUAGGAUACUACCACUCAACUCUGCAGAAAGAGAAGCGUGAUAAAGGUCUAACUGCUGUAAUAGACAGCAGACGGCAGCAGCCUGUUCCCACUCUGUUGUCAUCCCUGUCUGAAUUUCAGGUUUUAGUACCAAAUGCACUUUAUUCUGUUGUGUUCCUGGUGGACAAGGAGGCAUCAAUCAAACUUGAUCGAGACAUCGGUGUACAGACUGAGACAGUUUCCUCGCUGAAGGCCCUGCACAAGCACAUCGACCCGACCCAGCUCACCCGAGACCUGGAGGGCACUUUCCACUACGAGCACCACCACUGGAUCAACUUCAGACAGAAAAUUGAACGGUUUGCCAGCAGCUGCUGUGCAGCCAUCUCCUCCCUACAGGAGUCCAUUAGCCUGCUGCAUGCCACGAGCAGCCUCAAGACCUCGAAGGACGUGUCAGAGGUGUUGGAGCAGCAGAGGCAGCUCAUGAACUGUGUGCUGGACGACACUCGUCUGAACAGGCUGCGCCUGGAAGGAGGAACCGUGCUUGCCCGCAUCAGGAAGGAAGAGGCCUGUGAGAAUGAGUGCUACAGGGACACUGUCGACGUGUUGAACGCACUCUAUAACCAAGUGGAUGAGGAAGUUCACAAGCUUGUGAUUCUGUCCAACAAGUCGCAGAAAGAGUUGGGGAGCCUGCUGGAGGUGCGCAACUUUGAGGAGCAAACACAGCAGAUUAAACACUGGUUUAGUUUAGCAGGAGAGAAGCUGCUUAGUCCUCUGGAGUGGACAAAUAUUUCUUUGAGCAAAAUUAAAGAGAUGAGGGAGAAGCUGGACCACUUUCUGGAGGAGUCCGUGCAUCAGCAGAGGCAUGGCUUGCAGUUGGUGAAGAAUUCACCGGAAUCCCUUCCAGACUCGGUUCUGAUCAACUUCAAACAACACCUGGGUUCCAUAUUGAGCAGAGCGGAGCAACGGAAAGCUAUACUGGAAAUCCUAACAAACCUGUACGAGUUCUACGACUCGGCGAACCAAUGGAUGGAUCACUGCCAGGAUUUUUUCCGUCAGCUGAGUCUGGAUACCUCUGAUGGGAGAGUUUCCUCAUCUGUGGUGCAGAUUUUGCGGGAUUACUGCAAGGAGGCAUCUAAGUUCUCUGAGGACAACUUCAGUGCACUCAACACCAUGGUGCUCUCACUGGAGAGUCCUCAGCAGCUGCAGCUGUGGAGCUCCGUGUGGCACAGAUGUCAGAAGACCAAACAACAGCUAGAGGAGACUUUGGCUCAAGCUGUUAAGUCAGAUCAGAGCUCCACCACCGAGGACACAGAGGAGUCUUUGAAGACUGCAGAAAGCCAACUUUUCAUGCCAGAUCAUCAAAAGGUUCAAGACUGCUUGCAUUUAUCCAGGACCAUCCCAUCAUGGACUAUUGGGGAGAACAAGUGUCACUCUGCUGGGCCUUUUUCUAAGAGCUCCUCCAGCUUGAUGUCGUCUUCGUGUCACUUCCUUUAUCCCCCCGACUGUGAAAACAAACUGAAGCAGAGCUCGUCCACCAUGGAUGACACGGACAGUGACUGCACCAUCGACUCGACCAUCUCCUGCCACUCUGAGCCUGUCAACUCCAAGGUCACACGGCUCCGCAAACAUCCCAUGAAGAAGAUCAUGAAGAAGACCAUGAGCUAUGAGCUGACCCAGAGAGACAAUGUUCCCUCAGACGUCAGCCACAUUCACGGAUACACGGGCGUGUACAUUAAGGGCUUGGAGGUGACCAAUAAUGUUUCAGCAGAGAAGAAGCUGCAGAGACCAGACGUGACGAGUCCUGUGUUGGGACGCAGCCGCAGCAUGUCCACGCCCUGCAGAAGCCAUAACAGGCGCAGCAGUGAUGGAGAAGGAAAGAAGCAGAGCAGCAAAGUGCAGCACAUCAUGGAUGAAAUGAUUUCCACUGAGAGGGAGUACGUCCGCUCUCUUAGCUACAUCAUCGAGCACUACUUUCCUGAGAUGGAGCGCCUUGACUUGCCACAGGAUCUCCGCGGAAAGCGCAGCAUCAUUUUUGGGAACGUGGAGAAACUGUGGGACUUUCACAGCCAGUACUUCUCAAAGGAGCUAGAGGCAUCCGCACACUCACCGCUGUCCAUCAGCAGCUGUUUUCUCAGACAUGAGGAUCAGUUUGGAAUGUAUGCCCUGUACAGCAAGAACAAGCCACAGUCUGAUGCCCUGCUCAGCAGCCAUGGCAACGAAUUCUUUAAGAAUAAGCAACUGGAACUCGGCGACAAGAUGGAUUUGGCUUCAUAUUUGCUGAAACCCAUUCAAAGGAUGAGCAAAUAUGCACUUUUGCUCAAAGAUCUGAUCAAAGAAUGUAGCCAGACCCAGGAGCAGGAGCUUAGUGACCUCCGCACAGCAGAGGAGAUGGUCAAGUUCCAGCUGCGGCAUGGCAACGACCUGCUGGCUAUGGAUGCCAUUCGAGGCUGUGAUGUGAACCUAAAAGAGCAAGGUCAGCUUCGCUGCCAGGAUGAGUUCAUAGUAUGGUGCGGACGCAGGAAAUACCUGCGUCACGUCUUCUUGUUUGAAGACCUCAUCCUCUUCAGCAAAACAAAGAAAAUCGAGGGAGGCUACGACAUUUACAUCUACAAACAGUCUUUUAAAACGGCAGAGAUAGGCAUGACAGAAAACGUGGGUGACAGCGGCCUGCGUUUUGAGAUCUGGUUCCGCCGGAGGAAGUCACAGGACACGUUCAUACUGCAAGCCAGCUCUGCAGAGGUCAAGGCAGUUUGGACGGCUAUUAUUGGCAAAAUCCUCUGGAGGCAGGCCCUUAGAAACAGAGAGUUGCGCAUGCAGGAGAUGGUCUCCAUGGGGAUCGGAAGCAAACCCUUCAUGGACAUCAAGCCAAGCGAUGCAGCCAUUAGUGACAGAGCCAUUGAUUAUAUCAUGAAGGGGUCAGAAUCACGAUCCAGAGCGUCCAUCGCCGUGUCCUCAUUUGAACACUGCACCUCAUUUAAGCGGCCCCACUCCACCAUCUCCAACAGCAGCACCUCUUCCUCCAGCAGCCAGUCCUCUUCAUCCCUGUUGGGCUCCCUCAACCUGCAUCUGUACUCCUCGCCCUCUCACCCACAUGUGCACCUGUACCCUAUGGGCAGCAUGACUUCCUUUGUUCAGUGGCCCUACGACUGCAUAGAGGAAGAUGAGCUGGAGCAGGACUCUGGAUGCAGCCAGCCCUCCAUGAUUACAGAAAGCUCAGAGACGUCCUCCCAGUGCAACUCCAGUGACAGUGUGACGGGACUGAGCACCCUCACCAUCCCUGAGAGCCCCAGCCUCGCCAUGGACUCCUUCAAUAGCAACGAGCCCUCCCCUUUCCUCUCCUCCUCCACACCUUCAUCCUCCUCCAUCUCCACCUCCCCAAUAUUCCCAAAAGAUGAAGAGCUUCAACCCCAGGGAACCAAGUUCAUCACAGCAAGCACAAGCACUCAAUUAGCAGUCGGCCUCUCCACAGUGGUCUGACUCUCAUGGGUUUUUAGCUGUGAAGUCUAAAAGAAAAAGAGAUGGAAACCAAGAGGAGUCGAUUUUUGCAGCACUAAGAUUUUUAUUAAUGAACCUCAACCAUCAAAUGGCAUUUCAAACAAACGGACAUGUGGUUUUAUGCUGUCGUGACGGUACGUCGGGCAAAUCUGUAAACUUGUUUUAACAAAAUAGUUAUGUGUUUAUAUUGUAGAUGUAUUUUAUACAACUGACCAAACAAGAAUCAGAUCCAUGUUGUUUCUUGUGUCUUUGGUCUGUGCUGACAAAUCUGUAAAUAAAAUCUUCUAAACACAA